AUGGCUACCCCUAGUGUCCUCACUUUUGACGCUGAGGGUCGGGCCAUUGACUUUGACGUCAGGUCGGUCGGUGCGGCGUCUACCCCUAGCGGGAGACGCCGCCCUGGCAAGGUCAAGGGGGGCGAGGGCGCUGGAGGAGCUAGCGGGGGGGGGGAGGCGGCGGUGGAGGAGGGUGGAGGGGGUGGGGUGGCGGUGGGGGGUGGUGGCGGGGGUGGAGGUGUCAGUGGCGGUAGUGGAGGCAGAGGCGGCGGCGGCGGCGGCGGUGGCAGUGGGAGCGGAGGUGGCGGGGAGGUGGCGGCGAUGGAGGAGGCGGUGGUGGAGGAGGUGGAGCUGGUCGGGGUGGCGCUGCGCAGAGGGUCGGCUCUGGUGGUGGUCAGCGCCAGCAGCAGCAGCAACAGCAGCGCACUCGUGACAUCCCCCCCCUCAGCAGCUCCGUCAGUUUGUGGGGGUGCGCACUCCACCCAGCGCUACUUUGGCCGCGUGACGGACGCUUGGCGUCACCAGUUCCCGGAGGCCACUGAGAUCCCUCGCUGGGGCGAACUGUCUAGGGUGGGAGUAGCUGUCUUUGACCUUGACUUUGAUGCUAUUCUUGCUGCCAUGUAUGCUGUGACUAUUAGUGAUGAGGGUGACUGUUACCGGUGUUUUCCGCCCGACCCGGGCAUUGAGACUGUUGCUCUAGGUACAGGUGAGGUUGCUGCUCUAGGUGCUAGCGAGGCUGCUGCUCUAGGUGCUCGUGCGUCUGCUCCCUCAGGUGCUGGUGAGUCUGCUCUCUCAGGUACUACGUCGGCUUCGGGCCUCCACACCUUCACCCUUGACUCGGGGGCUUCUCGCUCCUUCUUUCCAGACCGCACCACACUCACGCCGCUUGGCCGGCCAGUUGCAGUCUCUCUGGCAGACCCCUCUGGGGGUCCUGUCCUUGCUCACUACUCCAUUGUCCUCCCGUGUCCGGCGGCCCCCUCUUGCACCCUGUCUGGUGUUUACCUCCCCUCAUUCUCGACAAACUUGGUGAGUGGUGCUGACCUACAGGAUGCAGGGGUUCACCAGUUCACUCCUGCGAGUCAGCGGGUGACCCACUGCACGGACGCUCGGACAGGCCGACACCUGGCCACGUUUACACGUCGGCCGGGGUCGAGCCUGUACACACUGACCACUGAGUCUCCUCCAGUCACUGCGUCUGGUCAGGUAGCUGCGUCGCGUCAGGUAUUUGCUGCAGCGUCCAGGUCUGGUCCUGAGUCUGCCCCCUGCUCGUGUCGCCUCCUGUCUCCCCAGACUCUCCUCUGGCACCACCGCCCUGGUCACCCCUCUCUGCUUCGUCUCCGAGGCAUGGCCUCCCGUCUCCUUGUCUCUGGUCUUCCCCGGUCCCUCCCUCCCCUUCCUCCGGGGCCUAGCCCUACCUGCGUCCCCUAUGUCGAGGGGCGGCAGCGGGCUGCCCCUCACUCCUCCUAG